AUGAUCACUAUCCAGACUGCGCGCAGCGUGGAGAUAACCCUAUCCCGGAGACUGGGCAGCGAGGAAGACGUCGUCAUGCCUGUGAAUCACCCUUGCAGCUCAUGUGUCAAGCGCAACCUUACAUGCAAUAAUACCGGCAAACAGAAAACCCCCAGGCUUGAGUUGCAUCCAGCCAUGGAUAGCUCACUUCUCAAAAAUGAAGAACUCGAGUCUUCGGAUCGAGGAUCCAUCAACUUUCUCCUGAAUGACGGUACAGAUAGUUUUACCGAGAGAUUUCGUCUCCCACCACGCAGUGAUCGCGCCCGAGGCACACUAUAUCACACCCAGAAAGAAUUGGAAGAGGCUACAAGUCCCGCCAAUACCUAUGCCAUCGACGCAUCUACUCCUAACCUUAACACUGGUUUCUUUUCGGAAUUCGAUGACUUGUCCAAAUUCGAUGAAAGCUUCAUGUCAUUCAUGACUGGACCGUUUGCUGAAUCUCAGAAAUCCAUGGUCGAUCCCUAUUCAGGCACUUUUGCUGCGCACGCGCUGUUGCAACUUCCUAACCAGGAUCCAAAAAUGAGCUUGGCUGACGAUGCCUCGUUCUACGAAACGGAAAGUGCAUUCUCGAGCGCCCUCAUUCAAGCCAUACUUGCGAAGACAUGGACAGUAAAUAUGGACGCCAAGGCACAACAAGAAAUCUCAUCGAACCUGCAUUUCCUGCUAACGACACGCCGCAUUCAUAAGUUCGUAUCGCUAUACUUUCUGUACUGGCAUAUCAACUGUCAACUUCUUCAUCCGCCGUCAUUCAACAUCGAAAAGGUUACAAUGCCUUUACUGGCCGCUGUCGUCUUUAUGGGCGCCAUGUAUUCGAACGAGGAACGUGAGGCAUAUGUAGCUCGGCGAAUGAUAGACUUUGCGGAGCUGUAUGUGUUCUCGACAGACGUCUUUUCUAGCGAACACGAAGUUAGCUGCACGUUUGUUGGUCGGCCAACGACGGAUACUGAACGCAAGGAUUGGGCUCAUUUUCAGAACCUCCAGGCGGGGUAUGUGAUGGUGGUCACGCAAUACUGGGCGGGCUCAAAGACAGCACGAAAUCGGGCGAUGGAGGCUCGUUUUAAUGAAGUCGUUUUGACUGCGCGCAGAAUGGAACUCACACGUUGUCAACAUCUUCCCGAGGAUCGAAUCCACGAGACACUCUGGAUUCAGAAGGAGUGUCGUAUCAGGACUAUGAACGUCAUUGCAUUACUCGACUGUGCUUUUUCCUUCUACUCGAACUUCCCCUGUCGUCUUGCGCCUUCGGAACUAGAAUGCGAUCUGCCAUGCGAAGAAUCAAUUUUCAACUGCGAGCAUCCUUUUGCUCAACUCAAAUUCCGGUUUACCAGAGAAACGACCAUUUAUGGAGCCUUCCAGCAUCUUUUCGAUGAUGAACCGCAAACAUUAAUUUGUCAGCAUGGUCCAAAUCACUCAAAUUAUUGCCAGCAUACACCCUCCAUUGGCACAAGCUUUACGGUUACCGACAUGUUUUUGAUGAUACAUAUUCUCUACUCGUACAUCAAUUCACACAUGACCGUCCUAGCACCUAUAAUGCGUAUUCGACAACUCAAAAAGAAAGACACGUCGACAGCUACCUCACGAUCAAUAACAUCAGACGACCCAGUCCUCGUGAGCAUUCGCGCCGCACUCAGUCGGUGGCGUACUUUGUGGCUUAACUUGAAGUCACGGAUACCUGCAGAGGAAUGGGCCGCGAUGGGUUUUAUGAAGACGGCGUACAACUUCUUUCAGGUAGCCAAUUUGCUGAUCACGAAGAAGCAUAGUGUUGAUGUUAUCAUGCAAAUGGAGGUCAAAUGCGAGGAUAAGCUGGAGAAAUUGAAGGUGCUUCUGCAAGAUGAUAACGAUUGA